UUUGUUUCCAAGGGUGGGAGAGGUCUGAGGUGUGAAUGGUCAUUAACAUAUCUUUUGUUUCCAAGGAGUGGGAGAGGUCUGAGGUGUGAAUUGGUCAUUAACAUAUCUUUUGUUUCCAAGGGUGGGAGAGGUCUGAGGUGUGAAUGGUCAUUAACAUAUCUUUUGUUUCCAAGAGUGGGAGAGGUCUGAGGUGUGAAUGGUCAUUAACAUAUCUUUUGUUUCCAAGGGUGGGAGAGGUCUGAGGUGUGAAUGGUCAUUAACAUAUCUUUUGUUUCCAAGGGUAGGAGAGGUCUGAGGUGUGAA